CUAUACAGAGGUAGACCAAAUACAUUACAAAAACGAGGUAGCAAAUCAUAAAUGAACACUCGAAAUCUGAUGACAUACGAUUCCGGCUUACAACGAUCCCGACUGAGAAUAAAAGCUACCCCGGACUGUAUCUUCCACCAUAGGGGGCGAGGGAGUUGUAGUAAGAACAACUGAACAAACGUUUACAAGAUCAUAACCAUGAAGGUGACAGUUGGAUUUGCUGUUGCUGCGUGCUGUGUCCUUGGAUAUUUUUGUGGUCAGUCAGAGGCGUUCGAGUGUUAUGUGUGUUCGUCUUUGCUCAGCAGUGACUGCGCUGACCCGUUCCUUUCGGGCUCUAAGGCGGACAAUUGUGCCAUGUGUGGUAAAAACAAGGCCAAGGCGGGAGACAAUGAAGUGGUAACCCGUACAUGUUUGCCCAUCGCCCUGGGGUUGUCACCUGGUUGCACAUCAAAUAACGCGGGAGGUACAAGCACCGACGACUGCUACUGUAACAGCGCCCUCUGCAACGCCUCAACACGCGCCUCCAUGACAACCGCCCUACUCUUUCUCAUGCCUGCAUUCCUUUCGUGCUUGAAGAAUUUAUAAGUGUGUGUUAUGUGAUAAUGUUUAGUUAGUUGAUACGACAUGAUUCUAUUCUAAUGUAGUUAUCUGUAUCCAUCACAAACAGUGUUUAUUGUGAAUCUAUGCUCAAAGCAAAGACGAUCAGAUUCUAUAAUUGAGCAUAGAUGUAUACAUAGGUUUAACAUAGAUUUAUAAAUCACAAAUUGUUUUUAAUGCAACUUUGUUUAUUCUGCAAAACCAUUUUGAAUUUUCUCGGAAGACUGUUUUUACAAAGGACUGAAAUGUUUGAAAUAUGAAGUAAAUUUUACAUUGAAAUAUUUUAUUUUCAAAAUAAGCUUUCUGGUAUUUUUUAAAGAUGUAUAUGAUAUCAAAAUGGAGUCCGUAACUUUCAAAUACAUCUUAUUUUUUAUCAAAGCUAUCGCAAUCCUAUUUCAGCUUAUGCUAAAAAACAUUAUUGAUUCUUACUUUUAGAAUAAAAUAAACGUGAAUACGUGCAGUUUAAAUGUUUUCUGACAGUAUGACAUUUCUGUUUUUGAAGGACAAAUAUCUUGUUUACAUUCAUUGAAUUACUGCAACAUGAUAUCGCUCGGUGAAUAAGAGUUGUAUUAGAUACAGAUAUUGAUAUAUUACAUUCGUAGUAUUAGCCUCUAUUUAGCGUUCUCUAAUGCUCUAUUCAACACAAACUAUUUGCAUUUAAAAAUGUUCUGCAAUACCAUAUGAAUCCGUCCAAAGAAUACAACAGGUGCCAAUUUACCCAUGCCGCAGUAAACAUAUGUCUUUAUGGAAAUAUGAUGAAACUGUUUUAUGAUGCAUAAUUUUAUGACGUUAAUAAAUUCAAUAAACAUUCUUAAUAAUA